GCGCUAAUGUCCUAACCACAGAGGCCCUCCUACAACACCUGGACUCAGCACUCUAGGCCAGCCAUGUGCACGGCUACAUGUAUAACAGGCAAUGGAAGUUGGAACAUUUGUGCUACAAAUCGGGGGAACUUAUCACAGAGACAGGUUACAUGGAUCAGAUAAUAGAAUACAUGUACCCUUGCUUAAUCAUUAUACCUUUGGACUGCUUCUGGGGAGGGGUGAAGUUGCAGUCGGGGACAGCGUACCUCCUAAGUAAGCCUCCUUUGCGAUGGACAAAUUUUGACCCCUUGGAAUUCCUAGAAGAGUUAAAGAAAAUAAACUACCAAGUGGACAGCUGGGAGGAGAUGCUGAAUAAAGUUGAAGUUGGUCAUGGGUACAUGUACCAGCCCUGCCUCAACCCAGCCGACCCAGAUUGCCCCACCACAGCCACCAACAAAAAUUCAACCAAACCUCUUGAUGUGGCCUUUGUUUUGAAUGGUGGAUGUCAAGGUUUAUCCAGGAAGUAUAUGCAUUGGCAGGAGGAGUUGAUUGUGGGUGACAUAGUCAAGAAUGCCACUGGAAAACUGGUCAUACCCUGCAGACCAUGUUCCAGUUAA